AUGCUUAAUGAAACGCAUUUACGCUGUACACAUAAACUAAAAAUUCCUAAUUACGAUAUUUAUAGAGCUGACAGACUUCAUAACGGAGGCGGUGGAACCGCAAUUGCAAUAAAAAGCUCUCUAAAAAGUUACGCAUACCCUCUCCCUGCUUUUAAUAGCAUAGAGGCUUGUGCUUGUAUCUUACCCUGCAGCAACUGCAAUUAUUUAAUAGUUUAUGUUUAUAAACCUCCGCAAUCACAUCUCAAUACCCAAGACCUGGAUGCAAUAGUUAACUUAGGAUUACCCACACUAAUAGCUGGAGACUUCAACUGCAAAAAUACCAUCUGGAACUCCAGAACUAAUAACUCGGACGGCAUUACUCUAUAUAAUUACUGCCAAUUUAAGGAUAUGAACAUUCAUGCACCUGAUGAUCCUACUUUUAUCUCUUCAGCUUAUGGCUGCAAAGACACACUGGAUAUUCUUAUUACCGCCAAUAUUAACCAGCAACCGUAUCUUUUCACCGAUAAUGUUUUAUCCUCUGAUCACUUUCCUGUACGUUUUACCCUUUACGGGUUAAGCUACGGACUACCACCUGUAAAUAGCAAGAUCAACUGGGAAGACUUCAGUUAUAUUAUGCAAGAGAACACAGUUAUUAAUCGAAAUCUAAACUCUCCCCAAGAUAUCGAAGAUACAAUUGACAAAUUCACACCCAUAGCAUGCACGAAGCACUCAAUAAAUCUAAAUCGGACCAUUCAUCCAGAAAAAUUCACUCUCCCUGUGUACAUCCUUAACAAGAUUAAAGAAAAGAACAGGCUUCGAAAAAUUUAUCAUAGAACUUUAGACCCCAUCGAUAAACGAAAUUUCAAUCAAGCUAACAGAACAGUUAAAAAACUCAUCAAAGAAUAUAAAGACGACAGCUGGAACAUCUUCAUUAACAGUCUGUCACAUAUCAGUUACUCCGUGUGCAAAAUUGCUAAAGCUAUUACAAGAAAUAAAGAUGAAAUAAAACCUAUUAAUUACAAUAAUAAAGUUCUAAUUAAUCCAAAAGAUAUUGCAAACGCUUUUGCCAAAUCUUAUGAAAAUCAAUUCACUGUCAAUCAUUUUUUAACGCUAAUGAUUCGGCAGUCAUUGAUCACGUGA